CGCUAAACUUAGACGCGAAGGGCAGCAAGAAUGCGCAUGCCGGGCAGAUCUCGUCGAAGAUCCCACAAUGGCUACGACUGUACCACCGCCUGCCGCCGCCUUUUGACGAAGUAUCCCGACCAUACUAUUUAUUCAUUAAAGGAACCCCAGCACGAAGAUGUUCCCAGCGACCCUUCCCUCACCCCUCCAGAGAGCUAGAGAAUCUGUGGCAUCAGCACUCAUCAGCGCAGAUCUAGAAGAUGAAGCACAAGAAAUUGCCUACGAUGCCAUGGAAGUGACGGAUAACCCAGCCGCCAAGAUUCGCUUAGUGGAGGAGGCUUUGGCUGUAUACCCCUUGAGCACCGAGGCCUGGAGUGUACUGGGGUGUCACUAUCUGGAUUCCAGAAAACCGUACCUGGCGCUGAUUUGCUUUGAAACGGCCGUGACAGCAGCACGGCGAAUUGAUCCUUCUUGUGGCAUCGACAGGACAGAACCACUGGAGUGGGGGUAUAUUGAGAACCGACCCUACUUACGGGCCAUGCGAGGUCUCGCAAAAACGUAUCUUGCGACUGGAGACUUGCACAGGGCAAUUGAAACAGCUGAGCUGCUCUCUCGUUGGAAAAACACUGCCUUGGACAGUUCUCUGUGUGGGUGGUAUUUGAGGGCGGGAAGGCUGGGUGAUGCCGAGCGAUUUAUCCAAGCCCUUAAGAAAGAAACUAGAUACCAGGAUUGUGGUAUAGACUACUCUCGAGUGCUGCUCAAAUAUCAUAAUGUGCAGUGCGGAAGAGCAGAGGCAUCAGAGCUCUUUCAGGCAUUGAAACAAGCUUUGAAGUCAAAUCCCUAUGCGCCUGAUCUCCUUUUGGCUCCAGAAUCUCCGCUGGAAACCCCCUCUUCCUAUGGAGGAGGUGACGAGAGAGAGGCAAUCCUGUAUGCAUUUGAUAACCACACGGUAUGGAGGUCAUUUCCGGGAGCGUUGGACUGGUUGGCCGAAAGCAAAUCUCGCCAUGGGGACAAGCCAGAUGAACCGACUCUGAUUCAAUUGCUGCGGGGCAAGCAGCCAGUGUUUCUGUGCCUAUCGGACGGAAGAGCCUUUCCAGCAACCCAAAAUCGCGAUUGCAUGAGAGGAAGAGCCCUUCCUGAUUUUCGAGUUCCUCCACAAGUCACGGCCCGCCACACCAAUGGUGGUGACAUUUGCGUUCAAAAUCAUGACACAUCCAGCGACGAUUGGGUCAGUUUCCGGUACACUGAUCUUGCAGGGGUGCCAUUUUGGAACGUGCUGCUUACAGCAACCUUGGAAGAGGAGGAAACGAAAGAAGAAGAGGUCUCUCCACCAGGGACACCAAAAUGUUGGUUCUGCUCUGCCCCCGAAACCCCCGACAAAAAGCACAAACGCUGCUCUGUUUGUAGUAUGGCAAUGUACUGCUCACGAGAAUGUCAAACAAAGGACUGGAAACGAAAGCACAGGAAGGAAUGUAAACGGAUCAAGGAGAGCAAGAUUUGGGGAGAGUUGGACACUCAAACACUUUCCGUUAUUACAAGCUACCUGAAUCUCAAGGAAAAGGCAGUGGUCUCUACACUCAAUAAGGCAUGGCUAGAGGCAUCAACCUGUGAUAAAUCUGUGUCGAUUGAUCCUGAUGUGGUUGGUGCCAAUUUGGAUGCUGUCCUGGGUUUUGUGGGAAGAAGAUUUCGCAAUCUACUUGACGUCGACAUUCACAUCGAGCAACACCACUUCCUCACCGAAGAAAACGCCGUCUUUGGCGAACAAGUCGAGCCGUUACUUCUUCAAGGUAGCUCCCUAAGUUCCUUCUUUGACGACUGUCCUCCUUUGCGCUCCUUCAGUCUUUGUUUCCCGCAGUGUGUCGAGAAUCACUCGUCACGGAUUCUAGUCCAAGAGAGGGGACUUGAGUCUUUACCCAGGCAGACAUCAUUGCGGUCUCUGACUCUCUUUUGUGCCUACUUUAACAACCUUCUGUGCUUCGCUCAAUUUUUGACACCUUUGACCAACCUCAGGCACCUCGCAAUUGGAUACACUGUUUUUGAUGAAGCUGCAUACCAAGGCGGAGAAGAAACAUGGUAUCGGUACACACCAUGGCAAUCUGGGUCAGAUCUUUUGGUUGUCAUUGGAGGGAUGACAAACUUGCGCAGCCUCUUGAUUGACGAUCAUCGGCUCACAGACCUUGACUUGCGCCAAUUAAUCCCUAUUUUCCCGGGGCUGAGCGUUUUAAGCUUGGGUGGUCAGUUUGGAGACAGCCCGCCAGCUCUGGUGUCCCUUACGGACUCUUCUCUCGAGCUCAUCGGUGCACACUGCCCACACCUUCAACGACUUGACGUGAGCUUUAAUCGACGCCUUACAAGCGAUGGAAUUCGGGAGCUUGUCAAGGCAUGCCCCCUUAGAGAGCUAUGUGCUUACGAGACUGGCCUAUCUGCAGCUGACAUGGUUGAUUUGGUGGAGCUUUGUCCUACUCUUCGGUUGGUGAGAUUUGGGAAUAUGGCCCCCAUGAUAUCCAAAGAGGACGAGAAGCACCUCCGAAAGGCAACAGUAGCUUCUGGUGGACGAGUGGUUUUCUCCGUUCCAAAAUGUUAUGAGCCUACAUUUGACCGGAAGUUGAUGGCCCGUCACGAAGAGGCUGUUGAAGCACUUAAAAAGCUUGAAGCAACCGAAUCCAAUGGCUGGAAUGAAUGGGAGGAUUGGCCACUGGAAUGAUUGAUGUAAUGAGUUUGAAAUCAAUCAAAAGGAAACGAUGUAGGAACGGCCUUCAGGAGCCCAGUGAGCAGUUGUCUCAAUCAUCUUCACUGCCACAGCUGCACAGUAUGCCAAAAACCAGUACCUGGUAACUAGAAACACUAUUCUUAUGAAUUAUGAUCUUGUAUCAAGCAGCGGCCCCAUACAUCUGUGGUACGAACGACAUGGGCUUGUCACAAGCAAGGACAGGUACGGUAUAGUGAAUACUUCGAGCAUUGCUGGUUGUUGGUGUCAUCUACUACAUCAUAUUCAAGGGGGUUGCACGCAUUCGUUCCUUGUGCAAUGCCUCAUUUAAUCGUUCGGUGGUUGCCUUCCACUUGGACCGCGCCACCAACAGCGUGCCUGUGCUUCCACCGACCGCCAUGGCUCCGUACGCAGCCAUGGCCGGCACAACCCACGAGGCGGGCGCUGCCAUGCCCAUCAACCCUACGGUAGCAGCAGUUGCCUCUUGUGCUGCCGCGGCACGGCCAAUGGCCAUGGUUCCUCCCCACGUCGCACCGGCCAAACCGGCGGCACCCUGCAACGUGGACCAUUUCCCUGGUACGGCAGAUACAAGAGAAGCAAAGCUGUGAGCGGUAUGUGUGACAUCAUUCAUGAGGUUCCUUUGCCUUGAUCGAUCAGCACGUACCUGUCUUGCACCACGUCGC